UUUAUUACUGCGGCAACGCAAUGGCAGACUCAUCUCACCCUCGGAACAAACGAACCACCGCCAUCUCCUAUUCCUCUGUUCUGUCACAAAUUCCUCUCAGAAAGAGAAAAUGAUGACAAACACAGCUCGGAAAAUCUGAGCGAAAGUUUGGGCUCCGGUAUUCAGCCUUGUGAACACCAACAUUUGGAUUGCAUACGUUUGACCGAGCUCAUGGCUGCGGCGCUGGAGUGCUGGUCCAGCCGAGCCAGCACGGACGAGGACAUGGUCGAGCAGGUGCUGAUGAGAACACAGGACCGGUCGGAAGGGUCACCUACGGCCAGCUCCGGUGGUUCCGGAGGGGCAUAUGGGGCGAAGGAGUCUUCGGCGAUGCAGAAGAGGCUCCAGAGGCUGAGCCGGAACGUGUCGGAGGCGCUCGCCUCCCUCAAGAACACUCUGAAUCUCGACUCGGCACGUGACUCACCGUCUCCCUCCUCGCCAAAGACCGAGUGCUGUAGGAAGGUCAUGUGGGGCAGCGUUGUGCGGAACCUUACGCAGCUCUAUCCCGGUAGCCAGCUCCCGGAGAAGCUCGUCUCCAACCUCCGCAAGCAUUAUGAUUCGUUGCCGCUCAGUUACGCUCAAGCGGGAUUUGAUAUGAAAGAAGUGUUUCUUCAUAUUAAGUUGAUAGAGGAGGCAUCGGGGGAUGACCACCCUGCGGUAGUUAUUCAAGAAGUGUCAGAUGAUGAAGUUCAGGGGUCUGUAUUCAAGCUCACAUUUGCAUGUAACUCUUUGAUUUCUUGGCCGGUGAUGUCCGGGGCACUGGACAGCGCGUCCAUUUGUUGCAAGAAGAUACAGAUCUUUGAGAAGAAGGGGUUCACUCUUGGGAUUCUUCUGGUUCAUGCCGGGAAGGAGAGAUCGUUCAAAACCCGGAUUGAAAAUGCACUUAAAUCGGCUACAAGGAAGCCAAAGGCCAAUGCAGUGAAGCUCACUUUUGGGCUUUGUGGGUGUCAGGAAGAGAGCACUAACGGGAGAGACUUUGCAGAGAUUGAAGAAGAACCGGUUGACCAAAAUGAUAGAAAUGGGGAUGAAUAUUUGAACACGAACUUUCAGCUUCAGAUGCCAUUGCCCACUUCUUCUUUCUAUGCAUCGGUUGAUGAAUGGCAGACGAUUCAGUCGGGUGGGGAUGAGAUUGGGAAAUGGCUGUUGAACUCAGAAAAUCUUGAAUUUAUCGAACAGAUUGGACCCAGUUCGUAUAAGGGGGUCUACGGGGGCAAAAAGGUUGGAAUUGAAAAGCUCAAGGGGUGUGACAAGGGGAAUUCUUAUGGGUUUGAGCUCCGAAAGGAUCUGUUGGAGUUGAUGACCUGUGGGCACAGAAAUAUUCUGCAACUCUAUGGUGUUUGCAUCGAUGAGAAUCAUGGGUUGUGUAUCGUGACGAAGUUGAUGGAAGGUGGCUCAGUUCAUAACUUAUUGCUGAAGAACAAGAAACUUCAGACUAAGGAAAUUAUAAGAAUUGCUGUUGACGUAGCGGAGGGGAUGAAGUUCAUGAAUGAUCAUGGCAUUGCAUAUAGAGACCUCAACACACACAGGAUCUUGUUGGACCGGCAUGGAAAUGCUUGCUUGGGGGACAUGGGUGUUGUUGCUGUUUGCAAGAGUGUUGGUGAGGCAAUGGACUACGAAACUGAUGGUUAUCGGUGGCUAGCUCCAGAGAUAAUUGCAGGUGACCCAGAGAGCGUUUCUGAGACCUGGAUGAGUAAUGCAUAUAGUUUUGGGAUGGUAAUUUGGGAGAUGGUGUCUGGUGAGGCAGCUUAUGCUGCAUAUUCACCGGUGCAAGCAGCGGUUGGGAUUGCUGCUUGUGGUCUUAGACCAGAGAUCCCCAAGGACUGCCCACAAGUUCUGAGAUCUUUGAUGACAAAAUGCUGGAACGGUAUCCCUUCAAAGCGCCUUCAAUUUUCUGAUAUUCUAUCGAUACUGUUGAGGCCAAACUGCAACAGCAGCAAACAAUAAGAGGUAAACAUCUUUAUAUUUUCUGUGGGACCUCAUCUGUUGGGUGCUAGUUCAGGUAAAACAAACCCUGGCCCUGGUUUAGGAGUUGCCAUGCACGAAUAUAGAUCCAUGAAGCUUAUGCAGAAGAAAUGAAGAUACAAUUAUCA